GAGCAGCAGCGGUGCACGAGACGAGCGUCAGGUCAGGAGAUGCAACAGCGCCGGCUCGUCGGAGAGGAGCUCGUGUAGGAAGGCGACAAUGCCUCAUCCGUUCAAUCUUAGGACCGAGCGAAGGGGAAGGGUGAAGGAAGGCAACUUUGUUCAGAUGAUGAGGGAGAUGCUUCUGGAGGAGGAGAGGCUGCGCAACCCGCUCGCGCAAGCUCUCCCAUGGACCACCGAAGAACCGGAGAAUCUGGCGAAACCGCCGACGAAAGAGCCCACCGAACCGUUCGAUGUCGUGCUUCAUAGCGCAGUUCGUGCUGUCGGCCGCUCCAAGUUUGAUCAUCAGAUCGCGGAGCGCAACAUCUUCCUGGAGAGGCUGGAGCUGGAGAAGGAGAGGCAGCAGAAGCUGGAUGAAGAGAUUGAGAUCAAACUGCUGAGGAAGGAGCAGGUGCCGAGGGCGCACCCGAUGCCGGAUUUCUCCAAGCCAUUCAUGCCCAAAAGGUCAGUGAAGCCCCAGACAGUUCCCAGGGAGCCAAGGUUCCACACCAGGCCGACGAGGCACAGCCCCAAGACCCGGUCAUAGCUGCUUCUUGUUUUGCUCGGUCGGCCGUUACAAACAAGACUUGGUCACAGGACAAGUGUAGUAGCAAUCGUCGCCGCCAUUGGGCAGAUCGCUGCUUGGCUAAUGGCUGUCUGACAAGAAGGAGAAGACACACACACAUAACACAGGCCAAUCUUUUCUAAUAGUAUCGAACAUGUCUCUGUUUGAGGAGCUAGCUGGGCACUGAUGUCAGCUGUUAAACUCUGUACCUAAACAUGAGCGAUUUGUGGCUCUAAUGACUGUAUUGCCAUCCAUUUUAAUUGGUGGAUAGAUAACUUGUCUUGCU